AGUAAACAAAGCCAUGGAUAUAAACCUUAUCCUUAUACUUAGCUCUAUCUUCUUGCUUGUUUGCUUCUUCUUGAUUAACCGUGGCUCCAAUCUCCGGCUGCCACCAGGGCCAAGAGGUUACCCGUUGCUCGGCGCGCUCCCGUUGAUCGGGCCAGCCCCACACGUAGGGCUCGCCAAACUAGCCAAACGUUAUGGCCCGAUCAUGUACUUGAAGAUGGGUACAUGCAGCGUUAUGGUAGCCUCAACCCCCUCGUCCGCGCGGGCGUUCCUCACAGCCUUCGACGCCCAGUACGCAAACAGACCAAACAAUGUCAUCAGCGGCAAAGACAUCACCUACAACGGCAACAACAUGGUGUUCGCUAACUACACGCCGAGGUAUAAGCUCCUGCGCAAGCUCAGCACACUUCACAUGCUCAGUAACAAGGCGCUCACUGACUGGGCGCCUGUGCGAUGCUCUGAGGUCUCGCACAUGGUGCGCACCAUGCUUGAGUCCAGCUCAAGGAACGAACUCGUUGUCGUGCCGGAAACACUCAUCUGUGCUACGGCUAACAUUAUUGGGCAGGUAAUGUUGAGCAGGAGGGUGUUCGAUCUCUCUGGUUCAGACUUGAGUGAGUUUAAGGUUGCUUUGAAGGAUUUGAUGACUGGUGGAGGGUUGUUCAACGUUGGGGAUUUCGUGCCGUCGAUUGCGUGGAUGGACUUGCAGGGAAUACAGGCCAAGAUGAAGAGGGUGCAUGAGAGGUUGGACGAGAUGAUCAAAAGGUUGUUGGACGAGCACAAGGCAACCGCUGCCGAGAGACAGUGCUCGCCGGAUUUCAUUGAUCUUGUCAUGGCUAGCAAGCUCCGAGACGACGAUGGAGAGAAGUUGUCUGAUGUCAACAUCAGGGCUCUCAUCUCGGACAUGUUCACGGCCGGAAGUGAUACCUCAUCAGUUAUUGUUGAAUGGGCAAUCAGUGAGAUGUUAAAGAACCCGAUCAUUCUCAAACGCUUGCAAUCAGAGUUGGACACCAUCAUUGGCCGAGAACGCAUGCUUGAAGAAUCUGACAUACUGAACCUACCUUAUCUCCAAGCUGUUUGCAAAGAAGCACUUAGGUUACACCCAUCCACACCCUGUCUCCCUCAUUUCUCUGCCCAACCAUGUGAAGUCAAUGGAUAUCAUAUUCCUGCUAAUACUCGUCUUCUUAUUAAUGUUUGGGCCAUUGGUCGACCAGACACAUGGGAGUUCCCACUAGAAUUCUAUCCCGAGGAGUUUCUUCCAGGUGGGAAAGCUACUAACAUAGAGCCACAUGGUACUGAUUUUGAACUGAUACCUUUUGGAGCUGGAAGAAGAAUAUGUGCAGGAAAGCAAGCUGGUAUAAUAUUCGUGCAAUACUUCCUAGGUGUUCUUAUGCAUGCGUUUGAUUGGCAACUACCCGCAGGGGAGACGAUUGAUAUGAAGGAAUCCUUUGGAUUGGUGGUACCCAAGGCUGUGCCUUUGAAGGCUAUGGUGUCACCUCGCUUGGCUCCCUCUGCUUAUAUAUGAAAUUAAGGUUUGGUAGCAAGAAAACCAAAUAUACGUGGUUGUAAUAAAUAAAUGUCUACCGUGCUUAUAAUCAUAUAUGGUUCCAUAUGUAAA